AGGAGGAGGAGGACGGUGUGCAACGACGAGGAGUCGUCGUAGUAGCUCGUCCAAGUUCGACCGUAGACGGCGACGGUACCGUGCCGCGUGUAUCUCGCGCGGAUCCCUCCUCGGCACGGCAAGGACGCUCUCCAAAGAGCGUCCAGGUACGAAAGAGAAGUGCGCGAGUGACCGAACGAAGGGAGGAUUACUUCGGUGUGAUUAUUUUCUUGCGGUGUCGUUUGUCGAGGAGGAGAAGGAAGAAGAGAGUUAUGUCGAUGACGCUAGGGUAAGUGCGAUCAAUCGAAGAAUAAACAGAUAAAGAAGAUAGAUAGAAAAAGAGAAAGGGAGAGAGAGAAAAAGAGAAAAAGAGAGAGAGAGAAAGAGAUAGAUAGAGAGACAGAUAGAUAGAUAGAUAGAUAGAGAGAGAGAGAAAGAGAGAGAGAGAGAGAGAGCGAGAGAGAGAGAGAGAGAGAAGAAAAAAGGGAAACGAGAUUAAUUACAAAAAUUGGUGUUGGUGAAAUUAUGAGUGACGAGGAUCGAGUGCUGCUCGCACGAGAUAAGAGAUAGGCCAGAGAAAUGCCAUCGGGUCGACGUGGUAUCGGUGGAUCUCGGCCGGGCUCUCGGUUCUAAAGUUUUUUUACGUAGAAAGUGGAAGUAGCAAAGUAGAAGGCUAGAGGACGAAGAUCUGUACUACGGAAAGAGUGAAGAUAAGAGAAAGAAGUAAAGUAAAAAGGAAAAAAGGAAGGAAGAAAGGAAGAAAGGAAGAAAGGAAGAAAGGAAGGAAGGAAGAAGGAAGGAAGGAAGGAAGGAAAGAAGGAAGGAUAUACAGCAAGGGCGAGGAGAAUCGAAAGAUUUGCCGUAGCGCGCUCAGCUUCCGGGAUUCGUGGGUGUUUUUACGCGCGCGGCGUGGAUCGAUAGCCGUCUCUCGCGAGCUCGGCUCGGCGUUGACGACGUCCGCGGCGUCAACAGGACGACAACGACGAGUCGGUUCGAAACCAAUUUUCGUUUGCGUCUGGACACGAAAUACUCGCGUAUAUUUGCAAGAAGAGGAACACGAAAGAGAGGGAAAGAAGAGGAAGAGGUAGAAGGACAGGAUAGGAGAGGACAGUAUAGGAUACAAGAAGAGAGGGCCGAGUUCCAGUGAUAUAUGGGGGACUUCGGCACAACGAGUCUCUUCUCGAGUACCUUGUCCGGGCCAAAAUCGUCGAUCGGUAGUAGCUCAAGCGCGACCAUAGCCCUGACAACGUCCAACAUGCAGGACGAUCUGUUGAUAGAAAAGCAGAAUACGGGAAAGCCGGCGCCCCUCUCGCCGAGCGCUGCCCUCGAUAAUGUUGGUGGUCCUCAGGAGAAGUCCAAGGACGCGGUUGAGGUCGAGAGUAUCGCUAUAACACCGACGACGCCCUCUUCAACGGAAAAGGAGAUCAUUGCGUGUAGCACGACCUCAGCCCUUCAAGGUUUCAGCGAUCCGGCUAGGGUGCCGAGUCUUUGGGCAGAUGAUACCACGAGUCUGGCUCUGCCGGUAAACGGCUCGAUUGCUGCUUUUCAAAAUUUUCCGACUGGAGGACCGGCCGGCCUUUUUGCCGGCACGGCGGCAGCUGCGGCUGUUUCGACGAGUACUCGGCGAGCGAUCACAGCGAGUCAUAAUUUUCCACAACAACACGGUAACGCGGCUGGUGCCCCGACCACUAGGCAUGGCCUUCCUGUAUCCACACCUCAGCAACAACAACAACAACAACAACAGCAACAACAGCAACAACAACAGCAACAGCAACAACAACACCAACAACAACAACAACAACCACCGCCGACCUCACAUCCAGGCGUAUAUCUACCCAGUAAAAGUUAUGCCGCGUGGUCGGGUGGGCCUCAAGCACCACAACAAUGGGGCGGAGGACCUCAAACGGCCGCUGCCGUCGCAAGUCCAGGUCUUUCUCCUUGGAGCCGCGGUAGAUCCGUUCCCAAUCUACCACCUCUGCACUCCUCUCUUCAUGCUGCCGCUGCUGCCGCAGCUGUCGCUGGCCUUCAAGGAAGGAAACCAAGUCCCACGUUUCCGGGACAUCCUGGACCUGCUGCUCAUCCUUCCUGCAUUAGUCCAGUUAGGCAAUUUCGCAGGAGCACGUCUUAUCCUGGAAAGGGUAAUAUCUAUCCACCUCAGCCGGCGCCAACGUUCGAGAUUACUACGGAGGAGAGGGACCUGCUGCAGUUACCGCCCUUUCAGCAGGAUCGUAUGACGGCCAAUGGAAAUUCACCGUUGGACAGUAUGCGGACAUUGGAACAUUAUCUAAGCGAUAUCAUGCGAGCCGGUGCUGCGGAUACUCCUGAACAUCUGAAAGGUACGUACAUAAACCGUCGACGUCGCUUAAAUCAACGAGAAAAAUCUCAGAUCAUCGGAUUCAUAAACUGCAAUGCCAACACGCUACAGUCGCUCGCGCAGUUACACGGCAAAUCUCCGUUCUUCCCGAGUCUCGAUGAACCAACCGGUACUCUCUUGGAGGAUCCAAACGCACCAAGUCAGCUCGAUGGUGUUGGAGUCGGUGUUGGCGUUGGUGUCGGUGUUGGUGUUGGUGUCGGUGUCGGAGGUGGAAUAACCGCUUCCCAAGCGGCACCGCUUUCUUCACCGAGUCGUAGCAGUCCUCACAGUCAGGGUAGCGAGACCGGAGAACGUUUCUCUAGGAAAGUCUUCGUCGGUGGGCUGCCACCGGAUAUUGACGAAGACGAAAUCACAGCCAGUUUCCGUCGUUUCGGUCCCCUAGUCGUCGAUUGGCCGCACAAAGCAGAGAGUAAAUCUUACUUUCCACCAAAAGGUUACGCUUUCCUACUUUUUCAGGACGAAGGCUCGGUACAGCAGUUGAUAGAUGCCUGCAUCCAAGACGAGGACAAGCUCUAUCUCUGCGUGAGUUCGCCGACGAUCAAAGACAAGCCGGUACAAAUAAGACCAUGGCGGCUGAGCGACGCAGACUUCGUCUUGGACGCCUCGAUGCCCCUCGAUCCACGAAAGACGGUAUUCGUUGGUGGCGUACCACGGCCAUUAAAGGCCGCUGAACUCGCUAUGAUCAUGGAUCGACUUUACGGAGGUGUUUGCUAUGCUGGCAUUGAUACCGAUCCUGAAUUAAAGUAUCCUAAAGGUGCUGGUAGGGUCGCCUUCAGUAAUCAACAGAGCUACAUCGCUGCGAUCUCAGCUCGAUUCGUGCAACUCCAGCACGGUGAUAUCGACAAAAGGGUCGAAGUAAAACCGUACGUUUUGGACGAUCAGAUGUGCGACGAGUGUCAAGGUCAGCGUUGCGGUGGCAAAUUCGCACCCUUUUUCUGCGCCAACGUUACGUGCUUACAGUACUACUGCGAGCACUGUUGGGCGACGAUUCACUCUCGACCAGGUCGAGAAUUUCACAAACCUUUGGUGAAGGAAGGUGCGGAUCGGCCUCGAGCCGUACCUUUCCGCUGGUGUUAACCCCCGCUGCGCUAUCCCUAAUUGUCUCGCAGCCCUAGCUAAUUAACUACCACUUCUACGAACACCCACCCACCUACCCAAUCUCCCCACUACCCCUGCCCCUCUUCCACAACGCAAUCCAAGGAUCCACACUCCCUUUAUUACUUACCUACAGCAACAGCAGUUUCGAUCAUCAACCUACCACCUACAGCAAGAACCACCACCGAUAACACCGUCAUCACCACCACCACCACCACCACCACCACCACCACCACCACCAUCACCACUACCACCACCACUACUACCACCACCGUUACUACAGCUCGAUCGUCACCACUACCACUACUACUACCACUACUACUCCACUACUACCACUAUUGCUACUAUUACUACUACUACUACUACUACUACUACUACUACUACUACUACUACUACUACAACUACUACUACUACUACUACUACUACUAUUCUACUACUACUACUACUACUAUUACUACUACUACUACUAUUACUACCACAACUACUAUUCUACUACAUCUUAAAUACUACUCCACUGCUACUUCAAGUACUACCGGUUACUCGAGAAGAAAAAGAUAGAAAUUGAAGAGAAGACGAAGGAAAGCCGUUGCUGUCUGCUAACCGCCGACGCCUCUCGGCGUCGUUUCCGACCUUUGACACCUCGCUGCAUGUGUUACCACGACGAGCAAAACCAUCAUCUCGUCCGUCCGUUUCUCGUCCUGGAAAAUAUAAAGAACUACGGUCAUCAACGAUCGUCAAACAUUCGCGACGAUAAAGAGAACAUCAUCUACGUGGGACAAAAACGUGACAGGAUAGAAUAUAAGAUGGCGAGCGAGCGAAUGAAAAAGGAAGAGAGAGAGAGAGAGAGAGAGAGAGGGAGGGAGGGAGAGGGAGCGAGUGAGCGAGGAUUACGAAUUUUUCAGUGUAUUCGAUAGCUCAUAUGUAUAAUCCAGUUUUCACUGUAAAAUGCAAACUUGUUCUGUCCGAAGAUCGAGUAUCGUAGUUACCGCUUUCGAGAGUAAAAGAAAACUAGAGAGGCAGAGAGAGAGAGAGAGAGAUAGAAAGAUAGAGAUAUAGAUAGAGAGAAAGAAAGAGAGAGAGAGAGAGAAAGAGAGAAUUGAACGAUAUCGACGAAAGAAUAAGAGAGAUAAGAUGUUGCGUCAAUAUCGAUCAGUCUUUUUCUAAACGAAAUCUUUUGAAUUGUCAUAUUUUCGUAACUUUCACUCUCUUUCUUUUUCUCUUUCAUUUUUUCUUUCUUUUUCUUUCUUUUUUUCUCUUUUUAUCUCAUUACCUCUUCAAUGCGUAUUGACUGUUCCGAAGAAAAUUUUUUCGCAAUUGGAUAACGAAACUCGUUUUCUGGCGAUUGUUCGAAAUAGAGAUAAAAAAGUAUUCCUCCUGAGACACGUGCAAUGAUAAGGUUUUGCGGAGGGCGAGUACUUGAUCUAUCGUGAAAGAGAUAAAGAAGAGAGAAAGAGGGAGAAAGAGAAAGAGAAUAACCGAGAUCGGAAAUGACGCGGAACCGCAAACCGUAGUUGGUGAUAACGCGCGAAAGAGAAUGAUAUUUAUAUAUAAAUAUAUAAAUAUAUAUGGCGUAAAAAAAAGGGAGACGAUUAACGGAAAGGGUUAGAAAAGAGUGAGAGAGAGAGAGAGAGGGAGAGAGAGAGAAACGAAAAAGAAAGAAAAAGGACAGCGCGCGAAAGAGAGAGAGAAAGAGAGAGAAAACGAUGCUGGGGAGUCGACGAACUGUUCUCGCAAAUUGGAUAUUGAAUUAAUCGAUUACGAUAAUGGAAAAAAACCACGCUUUAAACCGCUGUGUAUUAGAUAAUUCUCUGUAUCACAAAAGGAAAUUAACUAACAAACAAACAAACGAACGAAACAAAACAAAUAAUCAAGCAAAAAAAAACGAACGAAAAAAAAGCAAGCAAGCAAGUAAACAAACACAUACACGCAGGACACAGUUUUCUAGCUCUUAAGGACUCUUAUUAAAAAAAAAA